UAGGAAGCUUUUUGCACUACACCGGAGACCGGGAGCCGCGGAUCCCGCCGCACCGCCCGCGCCGCCGCCGCCCCCGCCCCAGCCCGUCCGGCCCCUGGCGGGCGCGAUGAACCCGCGCCUGAGCCUCAGCCGGCCCGCCGGGCACUGAGCGCGGGCGCCCAGGGCGCGUUGCGCAGCUGCUCCUGCGCACAACCCCGCUGCCGCCGGCCCGCACCGGCCGCCCGGAGCGAGAGGCUGGUCCGUGCACUGCGCCCGGCGCCGGCCGCGGAGCAGGAAGCGCAGGCCACGCAGGGAACCAACUGGAACAAAGUGUCUGCCGCCGGGUGCCGCGCCCCGACCCCGCCGCGCCCCUGCGCCGCCCACCAUGGCCUCCGAGGAGCUGUACGAGGUGGAAAGGAUUGUUGACAAAAGAAAAAACAAGAAAGGGAAGACAGAGUAUCUGGUGCACUGGAAAGGCUAUGACAGUGAGGAUGACACAUGGGAGCCAGAGCAGCACCUGGUGAACUGUGAGGAAUACAUCCAUGACUUCAACCGGCGCCACAGCGAGAGGCAAAAGGAGGGCGGCCUUGCCCGCGCCAACAGAGCCUCCCCCAGCAACGCCCGGAAGCAGAUCUCCAGGUCCACCCACAGCAGCCUCUCCAAGACCAACCCCAAAGCACUUGUGGUCGGCAAAGAUCAUGAGUCCAAAAACAGCCAGCUGUUGGCUGCCAGCCAGAAGUUCAGGAAAAACGCAGCCCCAUCUCUUGCAAACCGCAAGAACAUGGACCUUGCCAAGUCAGGGAUCAAGAUUCUCGUGCCUAAGAGCCCCAUUAAGGGCAGGACCUCGGUGGUUGACGGCUUUCCAGGGGAGAGCCCUGAGAAGCUGGACCCCGUGGAGCAGGGUCCCGAGGACACCGUAGCACCAGAGGUGACUGCAGAGAAACCCAUUGGAGCUCUGCUGGGCCCUGGUGCAGAACGAGCCAGGAUGGGGAGCAGGCCCCGAAUACAUCCACUAGUGCCUCAGGUUUCUGGCCCCGUGACAGCCGCCAUGGCCACCGGCUUAGCUGUCAAUGGAAAAGGUACAUCUCCGUUCAUGGAUGCGCUAACAGCCAAUGGGACAGCCACCAUACAGACGUCUGUUACAGGAGUGACAGCUGGGAAAAGGAAAUUUAUUGACGACAGAAGAGACCAGCCUUUUGACAAGCGGUUGCGUUUCAGUGUGAGGCAGACAGAGAGCGCCUACAGAUACAGAGAUAUUGUCGUCAGGAAGCAAGAUGGCUUCACCCACAUUUUGUUAUCCACAAAAUCAUCAGAGAAUAACUCUCUAAACCCAGAGGUGAUGAAAGAAGUUCAGAGCGCCCUGAGCACAGCCGCAGCCGACGACAGUAAGCUGGUGCUGCUCAGCGCUGUGGGCAGCGUCUUCUGUUGUGGUCUGGACUUUAUUUAUUUUAUACGGCGCCUCACAGACGACAGGAAGAGAGAAAGCACUAAGAUGGCAGAUGCUAUCAGAAACUUCGUGAAUACUUUCAUUCAGUUUAAGAAGCCUAUUAUUGUAGCAGUUAAUGGCCCAGCCAUUGGACUAGGAGCAUCCAUAUUGCCUCUUUGUGAUGUGGUUUGGGCUAACGAAAAAGCUUGGUUUCAAACACCCUAUACCACCUUCGGACAGAGUCCAGAUGGCUGCUCUACCGUUAUGUUUCCCAAGAUUAUGGGAGGAGCAUCUGCAAAUGAAAUGCUGCUCAGUGGGCGGAAGCUAACGGCACAGGAGGCGUGCGGCAAGGGCCUGGUCUCCCAGGUGUUUUGGCCAGGGACCUUCACCCAGGAAGUCAUGGUUCGCAUCAAGGAGCUGGUCUCAUGUAACCCAGUUGUGCUGGAGGAAUCCAAAGCCCUGGUGCGCUGCAACAUGAAGAUGGAGCUGGAGCAGGCCAACGAGAGAGAGUGCGAAGUGCUGAAGAAGAUCUGGGGCUCUGCUCAGGGAAUGGACUCCAUGUUAAAGUACUUGCAGAGGAAAAUCGAUGAGUUUUGAUUGGCAGGCUGACCGGGUGGCUCCCAGUACCACAGUCCUCCUCAACAGUAGCUCAUGCUUGAAAGCAGGACUGGAAACAUCCAAGCUAUUUAUUUCGAGGAGUUUUUAAGUACUGUAACUUUAAAAUAACUACAAAGCUUCUUUGUCCAAACGUCUUUAUUUUAUACUCAUGUAUACACAAGUUAAAAAUGUAAUUGAGCACUAGGCUGCUCUUGGAAGCUCUAAUUUUCCUGUAAACUAGUUGUGGGGUUUUUUGUUGUUGUUAUUGUUGUUGUUGUUGUUGUUGUUUUUAAAAGGUAAUAUGUUUUCAUUUUGGGUGACAGAAGAGCUUGGAAUAAUGUUUGUUUUACUCUUUUUUUUUUUUUUUUUUUUUUUUUUUUUUUUUUUUUUUUUUUUUUUAAUCUAGAUUACAAACCCUAAAGAGUUACUAGCCAGCCUCAGCUUCUUCCCUCUGCUGAAACAGAUGCGGAAAUGUCUGAAACAUGUUCCCGCAUCUAGGGGGAGGGGGAUGUGUAAGUACCUCAAUGCUGAAAACAAGACCAACCUUGUAGGCAAAGCUUCGCUGAUGGGAAAUCCCACAUGGGCUGUGGGUUCAUGCUGAGAUGCCCUCAGAUUCUCCCUUUCUGAACACGCCCCCUUUCUUACCCAGCUAGCAUGAGGAAGUCAGUGUCUCUGGAGAAAGCGGAUGAGUCACUCUGGAGCUCAAGUGUUACUUGCUAAGUUAUGAAUUAGCAUUAAUGAGUUUAAAUAAUUUUUUCUGACCCUUUUGGAAAAUAACUACAUAAGUGCUUCUUGUGGCUGGGUGAGAAAUACUACUUUGCAUAAUUUUGUUUGUCUAUCUGCAGAUAUGAUUGAUGUAUUACACCAAAAAAAGUAUUUUUUAUGUUUAUAAAGUGUAAUUUUUAGGUUCACUUAGAAUAUAUUUUAUUUAAUUUAAAAUUCUCUUGGCACACUAUUAAGUACAGAAACUCCUUUCAAAACAGAGAAGAACUACCUUCUAUUUGACAUUUAUUGUUCGUGGUCUCUGCUUUUAUGCCAGCCGUAUACUGCACACACACGGUAUCGUGUUCACGAGUACCCCGUGGUGUGGGGACUGGUUCCUGACUACGGGCGCCUAUUACUCCUUAGGCUUCUAGACUUGCAAUCAUAUUGAAUGUAUGAAGACUGAAAUAAAAUCGAAACCUUAUUUUUGUACAGUUUUGAAGUUUAUACUCAGAACUGACGCCUCCACAGCCGUGUGGAGUGCUGUGCAGUGUGUAAAUCUGUCUUUACCUUGGAUGGAUUGGUACAGUAUUUUUGCAUCUGGGACCUACUCUUUUGUUCAGUAGUUUGAACUAUAUAUAAACUGUACACUCUGUAAAGUUUUUAUAGAAUAAAUAUUCAGCUGUGAAAACUGGUUAAAUAAAACUAAUAUUUCUUAACACAC